AUGACCGAGAAUCGCGGGCCCGAGCUACUGGCGGUUAAUGUCGUCUUCGUUUCAGCGGCCAUCUUGGCCACAGCGCUUCGAUGUUUUGUCCGAGCUGGCCUGGUUAGGGCUUUUGGAGUUGACGACUGGCUCAUGGUACUGGCUAUGGCUUUCUUUGCUUGUUAUUCCGCAUUCUCUAUAUCCGGGGUUACCUAUGGCACUGGGAGACACCACAAGGACAUCAACAAGGAGGACAUCCCCAAAGCACUCGAACGUUGGUGGUGGUGUUAUCUCUUCUACUGUAUGAGCAUGGUCAUCUCGAAAAUGUCUAUUGCAUAUUUCCUGAUGAGAAUCACGACGCAAAAAGUCCACAAAUGGAUAGUCUACGUCGCCAUGCUCCUCACCGUCAUUUCUGGCAUCAUCUUUUUCUUCGUGACCCUCUUCCAGUGCCAGCCAGUGUCUUUCUUCUGGAACAAGGACCAGGCCGGCAGCUGUAUCAACGUCGAUAUCGUCAUUGGCCUGGCGUACGCGUACAGUGCGUCCAGCGUCCUAUCCGACUUUACUUUCGCCAUCCUACCGGCCUUUAUCGUCUGGAACUUGCAAGUGCCGACGCGGACAAAGUUUGCCCUGAUCCCCCUGCUGAUGAUGGGUUGCGUUGCAAGCUCAGCUGUCGUUGUCCGGUUUGGAUACUUGAUGCGCAUCAAAGAUCCCGACUUUCUCUGGGCCACCCUCGAUGUCGCCAUUUGGUCUUCCAUUGAACAAGGGCUCGCGAUCACUGCUGGAAGUUUGGCAACCCUGCGGCCCCUGUUAAAGGUCAUCGGGUAUAAGCUGGGCUGGUCUACGAAGUCGUACCCGAUCCGUGUCACCGAAGAUAUUCCCAGACGACCCUCCGCUUUUGCCGCCAUGAACGACGACGACAUUAGAUCCCCUACUGCGACCCACAAAGACGUCUACGACAUGUCCUACUUUCCUUGCACAUGUUGUGGGACUCCCGCCUGCCAAAAGAAACAACAAAGCCAAAGUUCUCGUAGAAGGAGGAAGAGCAUGGCUUUUUCAAUGAAAACAACGAACAAGACCAAAAAGAUCAGCAAUAGCAGCGAGGAGGAUCUCAACACGAGAAGAUCGACACGGGAUGGCUGGAAUGACAACGAGCAAGUGGUACCGAAAAGCUUUGUAACUCCCGAUGAACACAACAAGUGA